AUGAUCGAGAAUAGUCCAAAGCCCUCCCACCAAAGCAUGAAGAUGGAUUACUGUCAAGGCGGUGAGAGUCCGGCAAUUCUGCAGCUCCACAAAUGGGGCCCCUCUAAGCUCAAUAUUGACUUGUCGGAAUUUCGCGAGGGUUUUAUAUCGCCGACGAGGGAGCUAUUGUUGCUACUGUCUUAUCAAUGUGAAGCCUUGCUCCUUCCUUUAUUUGAUGGGGAAUCUGUAAAUAAUAGUGUCUCAGAAUCUUUGUAUGAUGAAAGGCUUCAGUGUCGAUCUUCGGCAGCUUUCAGCUCGGAAUCAUGGAAAGAGCCUAGUAGGUCAGAUUUGAAGGAUGAUAUUCCAUGCACUUCUGCAUCAGUAAAGGAUUUUGAUAAUGGUUUUUCUCUUGAACACGAAUUUUCAAGAUCUAAUAAUUAUCGUUUUGUUUGUGAUGUGAAUUCAUUGGCUUGGGGUGUAUGUGGGGAUACUUAUAAUCAGCACAAGGAGGCUUCGUUUAGAGAGUUUCUAUUUGUGUCUAGUAGCCAUGGUGUUACAGUGCAUGCUUUUCGUAAGCCUGAUAUAGAUGGUGGAACAACUAAAUCUGCACUUGAGGGUGAGUUUGGGCAAGGGAGGUGGGUUGAUUGGGGCCCUUCCUCUACACCAGCUCAAAAUCUGAAGGCUCAGGACUCUUUCGGCUCGUCUUCUGAAGGGACUUCGGCUGUCGCAGCUGAUGACAGGGCCAAUGGAAAUAGAGGAAGUCUGCAAGACAUUGAUGAGGAAAGUCGGGCUGAUGAGUUGUCGAGAGAUGUUGCUUCGAAGAGGUGGUUGCACUCAUUUUUCAUCGAAGUCAAGACUAUUGAAUCUGAGGGUAAAAUCUGCACCAGGUUUCCGGAGAAGACAUCCUUUCCAUGCUCUGCAGAGGUUGUUUCUUUUAGCGUUUUUGACAGUACUUCACCACUUCUGAACCUACUUCAUCAUGACAACUCCAUCACAAAUAGGGAGGAGAGCAAGUGUGAAACCGUUUUCAAUCCAGAGAACAAGACAGUUAUAGCCAAGUCUGAUGGUUGGUAUGAUGAUUUUUGUAUUGGUUCGUACAAAUGCUCCAGAGUUUUCCCCAGCAAUUCCCAUCAACUAAUUGGACUUGUUUUAACACUGAUCGAUUCUGCUUCUGUGAGCUCUGGGAAUGAAAGUGAAAGAAGCAGGACAAAAAGUCUACUACUUGUUGGAAAGUUAGACAGUUGGGGAAUCCAAUGGGUUUCCUUAGUGAAGCUUGUGCAGAGGGUAAAUGUAGACCAUGUUUCUGAGUGGGUAGACUUUUGCUUUUCUGAUAACCUUCUUGUUUGCCUAAAUGCUUCUGGGUUAAUCUACUCUUAUGCUGCAAUGUCUGGUGAGCUUGUUGCGUAUGUAGAUAUUUUACAAGCUUCUGGGCUAAACCCUCAUUCAGGCCUAUGGCAGCAAGAAAAAGUGGCUAUACCUGCUGAUUUGCAGAUCAAACAAGUUGAAGAAGUUCAUGAUAAGUCAACCUCCCAAUGUGUUGAUUUCCUUGGUAAAAGAAUGUUUAGAAAGUUGCUUAUUGGGUCCCAAACAUCUUUGUUAGCUGUAGUUGAUGAAUACGGAGUAGUAUAUGUCAUGUGUACUGGUGACUAUUUCUCAAACAACUACUACACGCAUGAUAAAUUGCUUCCACAUUUUCAACAUUUAGGGCUUGGGAUGUUGGUUGGCUGGAAGGUUGGUGCUUCUGACAUAGGGCACCAAUGGGUAUAUAAUUAUCAAUCCACUAGAAAUGAAAAAUUCUCCUUUUUGGAUUAUGCUGGAAAAAAUGCACUUCAGAAAACCCAAAACUCGAACUGUCAUAGGUGUGAGGACUUGUUGAUGAGUGGUUUUUCUGAGAUAGCCUCUUACACAUUUCAUGAUUCUGAAGUAUGUUCGCACCUGAUGCGGAAAGUUUUUCUUCCUACAGAGAUAUUUAGUGGAGAUGAUAACAUCUGUUUUUCACCUUUGGGAAUCACUCGACUCAUUAAGAAGCAUGAUGCUACAAAUCGAAGCACUAAGGUUGUUCAUUUUAAUCUGCACACAAGCUCAGCAGUUCAUGAUGACAGAAGCUUGAAUACUAGGGUUAACAAGUGUUGUAACCAAGGGAAGGAAGAAGCUUCUGUCGGAGAAGCAGUUGGUUGUACCUUCCAGGGAUUUUUUUAUUUGGUGACUGAAAUUGGUCUUUCAGUUGUUCUUCCCUCUGUUUCUGUCGCAUCAGAUUUCCUUCCUGUUGAAACCGUUGGAUAUCAGCAGCACACUAUCAAUACAGACAUGGGACGGCAGGUAAAAAGAAUGCUGGAAAUAAGAGAUUCAAUCAAACCCUUCUCACCUUGGAAAGUUGAAGUUUUGGAUAGAGUUCUUCUCAAUGAAGGUCCGGCAGAGGCAGAUCGCUUAUGUUUGACAAAUGGUGGAGGUGCAAUCAAUAAGGGAUCAUUUGGUAGAGGUGACAUCAAGCAGCAUCACUUGGCUAAGGUAGCGUCCAAGGUUAUGAUGUUUGUUUGCUCUGUCGUUCUUGACAAGGUUAAUACUAAUGACUUGUUAAAAACUUCCAAGUUGUCUACUUUUUCACUACCCAGUUGCUUGGAGGUUGUGGAACAGGCGCUCUCUGAUUUUUCUGGGAGCACGGGGUGGGAGUUGAAAAUCUCUAGGUUGAGGCAGCUACAGAUGGCGUUGGCAUACCUGAAAUAUGAUGAAAUAGAGCGAUCUCUGGAAAUGCUCGUAGGCAUUAAUCUAGCUGAAGAAGGCAUUUUGAGAUUGCUCUUUGCUGCAGUUUAUCUGAUGUCUCAUAGAAGUAGCAAUGAUAAUGAGGUCUCUGCUGCAUCAAGGCUCCUUGCAUUAGCCAGCCACUUUACAACCAAAAUGAUCCGGAAAUGUGGGUUACUCCAGUGUAAGAAAGAUGCGUAUGUAUUACCUGGUUUUAGGAGGAUCCCUUUGCUUUCUCUUCCACCAGUUUUACCGCAUAAGGUACAGAAUGAAAUGGGGGAUUUGAGAAGUCUUCACGAUAUGGCUCACCUUUUGGAGAUUAUUCGGAAUCUUCAAUAUCGACUGAGCUCAAAAUUCAACAAGACAGGCCUGGGAUUGGUGGAUGGUAAGGGGGAAUUAAGCUUGGUGGAGGCAACUUUAUUGCAGGAUGAAUCUCAGCUUUCAAUUGUUUCAGCAGAUGCUGGGCCAUCAGAGACACGAAACCAACAAGAACUUCUGGUUUCUGCAUCUUCUGUUGGUUCUAAUAACGAGAAGCUUGCUUUGAUGUAUCAGGAUUCCUUGGAUUUCAGAACCCACUUGGAUAUAGAAGAUCCAAAUGGAUUAUCUGUUCUUGUGCCACAGGUCGGUAAUUUGGGAAAGAAAGUUUUUCCAUUUGAAAAUCCUAAGGAGAUGAUUGCUCGAUGGAAAUUGGAUAAUUUAGACCUAAAAACUGUGGUUAAAGAUGCACUACUUUCUGGUCGUCUCCCUUUGGCAGUUCUGCAAUUGCAUCUUCAUCGUUCUAGGGAUUCAGAGACCAGUAAAGAACCGCCUGAUACUUUUAGUGAAGUUCGUGACAUUGGAAGAGCUAUUGCUUAUGACCUAUUUUUAAAGGGGGAAACUGAACUUGCUGUUGCAACGCUGCAAAGGCUUGGGGAGGAUGUCGAAACCUGCCUCAAGCAGCUAUUAUUCGGCACGGUCAGGAGAUCUCUUCGUCUUCAAGUUGCAGAGGAUAUGGGAAAUUAUGGCUACCUGGGACUAUCUGAAUGGGAAACAUUGGAGAAAAUAUCACUCAUUGAGAGGCUGUACCCUAGCAGUAGUUUCUGGAGAACUUUUGUUGGUCGGCAGAAGGCACUAAAGAGAGAUGCAUUGACUUUAAAUUCAUCAGGACAAAUUAAGCUGCAGCUAUUACCUUCAUAUCUGUUUAGCAAUCUUAUCAUUGAGUGUGGUGAAGUUGAUGGAGUAGUUUUAGGCUCAUGGACAAGCAUCAAUGGAAACUCUCCUGAUCCUGUAGUUGAAGAAGAUACUGCUCAUGUUGGAUAUUGGGCUGCCGCUGCAGCAUGGUCUAGUGCCUGGGAUCAGAGAACCAUUGAUCGUAUAGUUUUGGAUCAACCUUUCCUUAUGGGUGUUCAUGUAUUGUGGGAAUCUCAACUAGAGUACCAGCUGUGCCACAAUGACUGUGAGGAAGUUUCCAAACUUUUGGACCUCAUACCUACAUCUGUUUUAUCAGAUGGAAGCCUCCAGAUCACUUUGGACAACUUACAGCAUGCUCCAGAGGCUGUAUGCAAUUGUGAAUUUCCUGAGUACAGCAGCUAUAUAUGCUCCAUUGAAGAAUUGGAUUCUGUGUGCAUUGAUAUUCCAGGGGUCAAGAUUUUCAGGUUUCCUGCCAAUGAAUUUUGCUCCAUGUGGUUAAGGUCACUCAUGGAGCAGAAGCUUGCAAAGAAUUUUAUAUUUUUGAAGGAAUAUUGGGAAGGCACUGCUGAGAUUGUAGCUCUGCUAGCUCGUUCAGGCCUCAUAACUAGAAGACCUGAUAAAAUGACAAUGGAGGAUUAUUCAGUUGAGGCUUCAUCUGAUCUCAAUAUAAGAGAUGAUGUUGUCCCCAUGGAAGCUUUGCAUAAAUUGCUCAUGCAUUACUGCGUGCAAUAUAACUUGUCAAAUCUUUUGGACCUUUAUCUUGACCAUCGCAAGUUGGUUCUAGAGACUGAUUCACUUGGUUCAUUACAAGAAGCUGCCGGUGAUUGUCAAUGGGCACAAUGGUUGCUUUUAUCUAGGAUCAAGGGGAAUGAAUAUGAUGCAUCAUUCUGUAAUGCUCGAACAAUAAUGUCACCUAAUUUACUUCCUAAUAGCAGCCUCAAUGUUCUGGAGAUCGAUGAAAUAAUUCAUACGGUUGAUGAUAUAGCUGAAGGUGGGGGUGAAAUGGCAGCUUUAGCAACUCUAAUGUAUGCCCCUGACCCAAUACAAAAUUGCCUGAGUAGUGGUAGUGUGAAGAGGCAUAGUAGCUCCUCAGCUCAGUGCACCUUGGAAAACCUCAGGCCCAUUUUGCAGCGUUUUCCUACUCUGUGGCGCACUCUUGUUGCAGCAAGUUUUGGUCUCGAUACAACUUCUAAUUUCUCAGGUCCUAAGGGAAAUAAUGCUUUAGCAGACUAUGUAAAUUGGCGUGACAACAUUUUCUUCUCCACUACACGUGAUACUUCGCUCCUACAGAUGCUGCCAUGCUGGUUUCCUAAGACUGUGCGGAGGUUGAUUCAGCUUUAUAUUCAGGUUGCUUUUGAGCUACACCAUGGUCCUCUUGGUUGGCAAUCAAUGUCAGGUCUGCCUGCUGGAGACACUUUGUUGUACAGAGACUUUGAUUUUUAUAUGCCUGCUGAUGAACAUGCAGAGAUAAAUGCUGUCUACUGGGAGGCAACUAUCCAAAAGCAUGUCCAAGAGGAACUGUAUGAUUCUUCUCUUGAGGAAACUAAACUUGGGCUUGAACAACAUUUACAUCGUGGACGUGCACUGGCAGCUUUUAACCAUAUCCUCAGUGUUAGAGCUCAAAAGUUGAAAUUAGAAGGCCAAUCUGUUGUUUCGUCACAAGGACAACGAAAUGUUCAAACUGAUGUUCAGGCACUUCUUGCACCUUUGUCACAAAAUGAAGAGACUUUUCUUUCAUCGGGCAAAGUAGGGGAUGACGCUCAGGUCAUUCCACUUGCUAUUGCUCAUUUUGAGGAUUCUAUGUUGGUUGCAUCAUGUGCUUUUCUUCUAGAGCUUUGUGGUUUAUCUGCCAGCAUGCUACGUGUGGAUGUUUCUGCCUUGAGACGUAUAUCAUCAUUUUACAAAUUGAGCGAGAACAAUGAGAGAUAUAGGCAAAUUUCACCUAAAGGUUCUGCAUUCCACAUGGUAUCGCGUGAAGGUGAUGUGAUAGAGUCUCUAGCUCGAUCACUUGCAGAUGAAUAUCUACACAAGGAUGGUGUAAUCAACACUAAGUUAAAGGGGACUUCAAAUUCAUUCAUUAGCAAACAAUCUUCAAGAGCACUUAUGCUAAUCCUGCAGCAUUUGGAGAAAGCUAGUCUUCCACUAAUGAUGGAUGGAAAGACUUGUGGAUCUUGGCUACUGAGUGAAACUCCAUCAACUCCGAAUCUUACGUUGCCUCUCUUCUACAAGGUUGGAUUUCUGUCUGAAGCUCAGAUUGGAGGAUACCCUUCUGAUACGGUCGUCCAAGUAGCAACCAAGGAGUUCAGUGACCCACGUCUCAAAAUUCAUAUAUUAACAGUCUUAAAAGGCAUGCAGUCGAAAAGGAAAUCUGGUUCUCCAGCAUAUUCAGAUACUGGGGGAGGCAGGAGUGAAACUUACUGUUUCCAAGAAGACAUACUUGUUCCUGCUGAGCUCUUUAGAAUUUUAGCAGAUUGUGAGAAGCAGAAAAAUCCUGGAGAGUCUCUCUUGAAGAAAGCAAAGGAGAUGUCCUGGUCAAUUUUGGCAAUGAUUGCAUCAUGCUUUCCUGAUGUGUCUCCCUUGUCCUGCUUAACAGUUUGGCUAGAAAUUACUGCAGCAAGGGAAACUUCAUCCAUCAAGGUGAAUGACAUUGCAUCCCAGAUUGCAGAUAAUGUUGGAGCAGCUGUGGAAGCUACGAAUUCCCUGCCAGCAGGUAGCAGGGUCCUGACAGUUCAUUACAAUCGGCAGAAUGCAAAACGCAGGCGGCUUAUGGAGCCAAUGCAUGUGGAUCCAUUGGUUGAAGUCGAUGAUGUUUCAACUACUUAUGGUGGUGCAACAAGGACUGUUGCUCAAGGCACAGUUGCUGAAGAGGAAAGAAGAGUAGAUUUUGGUGAAAAUGUUAAUGUGUCAAGUGAUUCUGAUGAAGGAUCUGUGUCACUAUCUAAGAUGGUGGCAGUGCUUUGUGAACAACAGUUGUUUCUACCUUUGUUAAGGGCUUUUGAAAUGUUCCUUCCUUCGUGUUCCUUGCUACCUUUCAUCCGUGCUCUUCAGGCAUUUUCUCAAAUGCGCCUAUCUGAAGCUUCUGCCCAUCUGGGUUCCUUUUCUGUCAGGAUAAAGGAUGAACAAUCCAGUAUGCAGGCAAACAUUGGAAUUGAAGGGCAGGCUGGAACUUCGUGGAUAAGCUCCACUGCUGUAAAAGCUGCCAAUGCCAUGCUUUUAACAUGUCCAUCUCCUUAUGAAAAAAGAUGUUUGUUACAACUUCUUGCUGCAGCAGACUUUGGUGAUGGUGGAUCUGCCGCAACAUAUUAUCGACGACUUUACUGGAAAAUCAAUUUAGCUGAGCCGUUACUGCGGAAGGAUGAUGCUCUACAUCUUGGAAAUCAGGCUUUGGAUGAUGCUUCACUUUUAGAAGCAUUGGAAAAGAAUGGGCAUUGGGAGCAAGCACGUAACUGGGCCAGGCAGUUGGAUGCCAGCGGUGGACCUUGGAAAUCUGCUUUUCAUCAUGUUACUGAAGUUCAGGCUGAAUCCAUGGUAGCUGAGUGGAAGGAGUUCCUUUGGGAUGUUCCAGAAGAGAGAGUUGCUUUAUGGAGCCACUGUCAGACUCUGUUCAUUAGAUAUUCCUUCCCUCCUUUACAGGCCGGGUUAUUUUUCCUUAAACAUGCUGAAGCUGUCGAGAAGGACCUUCCAGCUAGAGAGCUUCAUGAAUUGCUGCUGCUUUCACUUCAGUGGUUAAGUGGGAUGAUAACUCUGUCCAAUCCAGUUUAUCCAAUGCACCUUCUGCGAGAAAUUGAGACUAGAGUAUGGCUAUUGGCAGUAGAAUCAGAAGCCCAGGCAAAGAGUAAUGGAGACUUUACUUCAACCACUUCCAGUCAGGAUCCUGUAAUUGGAAAUACUUCCAAUAUCAUUGACAGGACAGCAACUUUAAUAACAAAGAUGGACAAUCAUAUCAAUACAAUGAGGAGCGGAACUACAGAGAAACAAGAUGCAAGGGAAAAUAACUUGACACAGCACAAAAAUCAGGUACUGGAUUCCAGCACUCAGACAACAGGGGGUAGUACAAAGACAAAACGGAGAGCCAAAGGCAAUGCGCUAUCACGAAGACCAUUAAUGGAGCCCAAUGAUAAAAGUACUGAGGUUGAAGAUGGUUCUGCUAAUCUCAUUUCUAGAAGUGACUUGCCGUUGCUAGAUGAAAACUUAAAGAUAGAAAUGUCUUUUUCCAAGUGGGAGGAAAGGGUUGGACCUGCAGAGCUGGAAAGAGCUGUUCUUUCUUUAUUGGAGUUUGGACAAAUAACAGCUUCCAAACAACUUCAAUAUAAGCUGUCUCCUGCACACACCCCUCCUGAGUUUAUACUUGUUGAUGUUGCUCUAAAACUUGCAGCUAUGUCAACUCCUGGUAGCAAAGUAUCCAUAUCAAUGCUUGACGAGGAAGUGCGUUCUGUUGUCAAGUCUCAUAAUAUAUUAACUGAGCAGCAUCUGGUUGAUCCACUGCAGGUCUUGGAGGGCUUAGCAACCAUUUUUACUGAAGGGAGUGGACGUGGACUGUGUAAGAGAAUCAUAGCAGUUGUAAAAGCUGCAAACAUCUUGGGUCUUUCUUUUCCAGAGGCAUUUGAAAAGCAGCCAAUCGAAUUGCUCCAGCUGCUUGCUCUUAAAGCACAAGAGUCAUUUGAAGAAGCAUCUCUCAUAGUGCAAACUCAUUCCAUGCCAGCUGCUCGUAUUGCUCAAAUUCUUGCAGAAUCCUUUCUAAAGGGUCUAUUGGCUGCACAUCGUGGGGGAUAUAUGGAUUCUCAGAAGGAGGAAGGACCUGCUCCUCUGUUGUGGAGAUUUUCUGACUUUUUAAAGUGGGCUGAGCUUUGUCCUUCUGAACCUGAAAUUGGUCAUGCAUUGAUGCGGUUGGUGAUUACUGGACAAGAAAUACCACAUGCCUGUGAGGUUGAGCUUCUUAUCCUGUCACACCACUUCUACAAAUCAUCUGCAUGCCUCGACGGAGUUGAUGUGCUUGUAGCCCUUGCUGCCACCAGGGUGGAAGCUUAUGUUUCUGAGGGGGAUUUUCCAUGUUUGGCUCGCCUGAUUACUGGAGUAGGAAACUUCCAUGCCCUUAUUUUCAUUCUUGGCAUUCUCAUGGAAAAUGGUCAGCUGGAUCUUCUUCUUCAGAAGUAUUCAGCUGCUGCAGAGACAAACGUGGAAACUGCAGAAGCUGUCAGAGGAUUUCGGAUGGCUGUUCUUACAUCACUGAAACAUUUCAACCCCAAAGAUCAUGAUGCAUUUGCUAUGGUCUAUAACCACUUUGACAUGAAGCAUGAAACUGCUGCUCUGUUAGAGUCACGAGCAUGGCAGUCUUCUGAGCAGUGGUUUCACCGUUAUGACAAGGACCAGAAUGAAGACCUUCUUGAAUCAAUGCGAUAUUUCAUUGAAGCAGCCGAAGUUCACUCUUCCAUUGAUGCUGGCAAUAAAACUCGCAGAGCUUGUGCUCAUGCAUCUCUUGUUUCCCUGCAAAUUCGAAUGCCAGAUUGCAAGUGGCUCAACUUGUCUGAAACCAAUGCCAGGCGAUUAUUAGUUGAGCAAUCAUGUUUCCAGGAGGCCUUAAUUGUUGCUGAAGCCUAUGGUCUUAACCAGCCAAGUGAGUGGGCACUGGUACUUUGGAAUCAGAUGUUAAAACCAGAAUUAACAGAAGAGUUUGUUGCUGAAUUUGUGGCUGUACUUCCACUUCAGCCAUCAAUGCUUGUGGAAUUGGCAAGGUUCUACAAGGCUGAGGUAGCAGCUAGAGGUGACCAAUCCCAAUUUUCAGUUUGGCUGACUGGAGGAGGUUUACCUGCAGAAUGGGCUAAAUAUCUGGGGAGAUCGUUUAGAUGCUUGUUAAAGAGGACUCGGGAUUUGAGGUUAAAGGUGCAGCUGGCCAUCUCAGCAACUGGUUUUAGUGACGUCAUUGAUGUAUGUAUGAAAGCAUUGGACAAGCUCCCUGACAAUGCUGCACCACUUGUCCUCAGGAGAGGGCAUGGCGGUGCCUACCUCCCCCUGAUGUGA